AUGGCGAUACAGUAUCUCAUCUUGUUGUCCCGCCAAGGAAAAGUGCGCCUUGCCAAAUGGUUCACGACACUGUCUCCCAAAGACAAAGCCAAGAUCGUCAAAGAUGUGUCACAACUUGUCCUUGCUCGCCGAACACGCAUGUGCAACUUUCUAGAGUAUAAGGACACAAAGAUUGUAUAUCGCCGAUAUGCGUCCCUCUUCUUCAUUGCCGGCUGCUCGUCGGACGACAACGAGCUGAUUACUCUUGAAAUCGUUCACCGCUACGUCGAACAGAUGGACAAGUACUACGGCAACGUUUGCGAGCUGGACAUCAUCUUCUCCUUCACCAAGGCUUACUACAUACUCGACGAGCUGCUGCUCGCAGGCGAGCUGCAAGAAAGCAGUAAGAAGAAUGUCUUGAGAUGCAUAGGGCAGCAAGAUUCCCUAGAGGACAUGGAGGUUGAGGAUGAAGUUACCAAGCUCAUGUAG